AUGAAUUCGAUCGCGGUGGCAUUGGUUUUUCUCGCCGUUGGACUUCAAGCUCAGCCGUCCGCUCCAGCUUAUCAAAAUAUUGGCGUUUCUCGACCGCAUCGAAUUGUCCCUGGACUCGAAUUAAACCUUGAUGGACUCAAAAAAUCCACUCCUUCGUCGAAUUCGAAUAUCAUCGAUUCCAAGCACAUGGAUAUCCAAUUAAGGGAUGACUACACAACCGACGAUCUUAUCAAGCUUCUCGAGAAGAUUUAUCACUUUGUUUUAAGAUUGACCGCAAAAAACCUGAAACAUGAACGCGACUGUCAUAAGGAUCAUGAUCAUAAGGAUGGUAACGAACACGAUCCUGCGAUUGAGCUGGAGCACAAUUAUGAUAAUAAAAAAUAUUCAUCAAUCAUUACUAAAAACAUGAAUGAUGACAUUCAAAAAUUUGCGGAUGAAUUUGCUGCUGACUUGCGAAAUACUCUCAGAGGAAAACUGAGGGUGAAAAACUUGCUUAAGAAAUAUGCAACGAGCAAUAUCAUUCUGGAUAAUUGCGGAGAGCAUAUCAUCGGAAUUGACAAAACCAAAAAAGCUUUGAAUUUAUUGGCAAUGUUUAUGAGGUUUAUGGGCAAGGCUCAGAUUGAAGUCACGAACGUCUCCAGCUCAUCAUUCAUUCUGCAAUUCUCAUCCACUCGAAUUUCUCCAAGAAAAUACAGUUUUUACAUUCAAAAGCCAGCAAUGAAAAUUGAAGCAGUUCGAGCGGUGAAUUGUAAACUUUAA